AUGCUUCGACGACGAUUGAUGUCGACUAUUUCUCAAUUCCCGUACCCGACGGCUGCGCAGGAGGCAGAGUACCUUGCUCGUCAAACUGCUGAUAUUGACGCCUGGUUCAAGAGCGAACGGUUCAGCAAGAUCAAGCGAACCUGGUCCGCCGAUCAGAUUGCCAAGCUGCGCGGGACUCUUGUGCCCCAGCUUCCUUCUGACAUUCAGGCGCAAAAGCUGUUCAAUUUGUUGCAGGAGAGAUUCCGUGAGGGCAAGCCCGUGCACACCAUUGGCUCGAUUGACCCCGUCCAGAUGACCCAAUCAGCUGCUCACCAGGAGGUGGUUUACGUCUCGGGGUGGGCUUGUUCGUCCGUGCUAACCACUACUCAUGAGGUUGCUCCUGAUUUUGGUGACUAUCCUUACGACACUGUGCCCAACCAGGUUGAGCGUUUGUUCCGUGCUCAGCUGAUGCACGACAAAAAGGCUUGGCUUGAGUGGUGCCAAUUAAGCGCCGAGGAGCGUGAAAAGCGCACUCGUAUCGAUUAUCUUCGUCCUAUCAUCGCUGACGCUGAUACCGGCCACGGCGGUGUCGGUUCCGUCAUGAAACUCGCCAAACUGUUUGCUGAGCGCGGUGCUGCAGCAAUCCACCUGGAGGAUCAGCUUCAUGGAGGCAAGAAGUGCGGUCACUUGGCUGGAAAAGUCAUUGUCCCUACUUCUCAACAUGUUAGCCGUUUGCUGGCUACUCGCAUGCAGUGGGAUAUCAUGGGCACUUCUAACUUGGUCAUUGCUCGUACCGACUCUGAGUCUUCAAAUCUCUUGUCUUCUUCUGUUGAUCCUACUGACCAUGAGUUCAUUCUUGGUGUCGCAGAGCCCACAGAGCCUCUUAUGGAUGCUCUGGAGGCUGCAGAGCAAUCCGGUGCUUCCACUGAUGCACUCAACGCCCUUGAAGCCAGAUGGAUGAAGGAGCACGAACUGCUGACUUUCGACGAGGCCGUUCAGCGUGCCCUUGUCAAGGAAGCUAAGAGUGACAAAAUCGAGAGCUACCUGCACCAAGCAGCUGGCCAGUCCAACUUUAAAGCUCGCCAGAUCGCCCGGGAGAUUGUUGGUCGCGAUGUCUUCUUUGACUGGGAUGCUCCCCGCACCCGUGAAGGUUACCACCCUGUGCGUGGUGGUAUGGAGCCUGCUCUCAAACGUACCCUUACUUUUGCUCCUUAUGCUGAUAUGCUUUGGCUUGAGACUAAGAAACCUGAUCUCAACCAGGCCCGCGAGUUUGCCUCCAGGAUCCACGCCCAGCACCCCGAGAAGUGGCUUGUUUAUAACCUGUCACCUUCCUUUAAUUGGUCAGCCCAUGGAUUCAGUGAGCAGGAUCUCAAGGACUUUGUAUUUGAGCUUGGCAAGUCUGGCUUUGUUCUUCAGCUGAUUUCUCUUGCCGGUAUCCACACCAACGCAUUGGCCACUUGGCAACUAUCUCAGGCAUUCCAGCGUGAUGGUAUGAAGGCUUAUGUUGAGAAUGUCCAGAAGGUUGAACGCGCCACUGGUUGUGACGUUCUCACACACCAAAAAUGGUCCGGCGCGGCCUACUACGAUCUUGUUCAGCAGUCAAUCAGCGCCGGCUCUUCUGCUACAUCUGCCGUCGGCUCUGAAUGUACAGAAGCCACAUUUUAA